GAGAGAGAGAGAGAGGAAGACAGAAAGAGAGACAGACAGAGAGAGGGAGACAGAAAGAGAGACAGAGAGAGGAUGGGGAUGUCUUGAUGGAUUGGACUAGGUUAUCCAUCGCACUAAGGGACUCUUAAUUCUGAGCUGUAAUCUGGAAGCAACUGGACACAUGGAUGACAGGCAGCCCUGCUCUCCUGCAUAAGGUAAGAGUGACGCAAACAUGGACCCUGACAAUUCAAUUCAGCGUACUGAACAGGACUUGAAGGCCACUUUGCUGCCAAUGCUCGUCACGAGAGACUCACUGGAGGACUUAAACGAGACCACAGGGAAUCAGUUUCAACAACCUGAUUGGCAGGUGGCUCUGUGGGCUUUGGCAUACUCGCUCAUCAUCCUGGUGUCCGUUACCGGGAAUGUGACGGUCAUCUGGAUCAUUCUGGCUCACAGGCGGAUGAGGACCGUGACCAACUACUUCAUCGUCAACUUGGCUUUCGCCGAUGUUUCCAUGGCAACUUUCAACACUCUGUUCAACUUUGUCUACGCACUGCACAACGACUGGUACUUUGGCCUGGGCUACUGUCGAUUCCAAAAUUUCUUCCCCAUCACGGCCAUGUUUUCAUCCAUUUACUCCAUGGCGGCCAUCGCAGUGGACAGAUACAUGGCCAUCAUCCACCCUUUGAAGCCACGCCUCUCCUCCACCUCCACCAUGGUCGUGAUUGCACUCAUUUGGAUCGUGGCUAUCUUGCUGGCCUUCCCGCAAUGUUACUACAGCGUGACCAGAUUUUACUACCCCAGAACCGUGUGCAUGGUUGACUGGCCGGAUGACUACGGAGGGAUGCACCAACUCAGCUACCAGUUUGCAGUGAUAUUGCUGAUCUACUUGCUCCCCUUGCUGGUGAUGCUGGUGACCUACAGUUUGGUGGGUCGGACCCUGUGGGGGGGCCACAUCCCAGGAGAGGCGUCAGACCACUACCACAGCCAGAUCACUGCAAAGAGAAAGGUCGUGAAGAUGAUGGUUGUUGUGGUGGUGACCUUUGCUCUUUGCUGGUUGCCCUACCAUCUCUAUUUCAUACUGGGAUCAAUUAACAGAGACAUUUACAAGCAACAUUACAUUCAACAGGUUUACCUGGCCAUAUUUUGGUUAGCAAUGAGCUCCACCAUGUACAACCCCAUCAUUUACUGCUGUUUAAACCAAAGGUUCCGUGCUGGUUUCCGCCACGCUUUUUCUUGGUGUCCCUUCAUCAAAAUAUCAGAGGAGGACAAGAUGGAGCUGCAGCAUACACACACCUUCAGAGUGACCAUGACACGCAGCCUACACAAAAUGAGCGUAUGCUCUCCUAUCAAUGCAAACGACAAAGGUGGCGCAAACAAAAGUUGUGGGCAAGGAUGAGGCCAAGUCAACACGAGCGACGUUCAUGGUGCCGAGAAGUUGUUUGUUAUCUCACAUUGAUACAUGAGAAGCCGCCAUCUUUAUUUCCUGUGAACAUUGACGACGUGAAUGUUGUUGAAUUGCGUUGAUGAUUGUUAUUUUGCAGCUCGCGUCCCAACGCCAUCUCAUAUCAUUUCGCAUGUAGUUCAGUGCAUACUGCUGAUCAACUCAUUUGAACCAUUUAGGUGUGCUAAAGUUGGUGGCAUCACUGGAAGUUCAACUAUUUAUUAUUAACAUUAUGUAGAUACCAAGAAUGUCUACCAGACUAGUCCAUAAAUGGCAAAAUUACCAGAGCAGUGGUCAACCAAAGAAGAGUAAAUCUUAUCACAUUAAAAGAUAUUAAAAUGGUACAAAAAUAGAGCAAUAUGAUCAUUUUGAAAAAAAGCCACAGAUUGAUUAGGUACUUGCUCUCAUCUAGUAAAAGAUGUAAUUGUUCUGUCCAGUAUUUUUACAUUGUAGAAUAAUUAUCAUUGCCGUGAUUAGAAUCAUGCUAUUUGAAGUGUGGGUUGGGUUAUGGCAAUGUGCUUUAUUAAUGUUCACUGCAGUCUGUAUUAGCAGAUAUAUUCAAUUCGUGCAUAUUUAAUGUGAGCCGUAUGAAAGAUUACAAGCAUUUAUGUCGGUGUCAUUGUAUGCAAAGCUCUAAAGAUAAAAUAACGUCAAAAGAAUCCUCCAGCUUUAAAUUGUACACUGACGUCACAUUUCAAACCUGUUAUCUUAUUUCCGUAUAAUACUUUCCAAUUCACUGAAACAUAAAUAUCGUCUUUUACUUCAAUUGCUUGGGAAAAAAAGAUGAGCGUCUUAAUGUGAUAUAAAUGCAAAUGUUUUGUGAGGUAAAUAAUUAAUGGUAAUCAUCUUGAAAUCAGUUCAAAUGUGUUGUUGUAUGCAAAAACUGUCAGUUGUUCCAAGACUUAAACGUAUUUAAUGUGCUCAAUAAAAGUGAGAAUAUUUUCAAAU